CGAGGAGGCAACCCGCGAACGCCGUGUCCUGGACAUCUCUCUCGUGCCCGUCGGCGAAGUCUCGCCGUCACCGUCGUCACCGUCGUCAUCGCCGUCGUCCGCGAGUCGUCGCCCGCGCCGACGGAAGUCUAAGCAGCAUACACACCGCGGACAUACACACACUUGCGUCUAGUAAGGUUGUUUCAAAAGAAAAGAAGAAAAAUGGAUAUUCAAGCAAUUAAUAUUGAAGAAAUUGAAGAUAUCGAAGAUCUUGAAGCUAUAAGAAUUCCCAAACGGUAUAUCCGCGAUGCAAAUAACCCAUUCGAAUUUUACGAAGAAUUGGAAUUUAAAAGACGCUUUAGAUUCCGUAAGGAAUCUAUUUUAUAUGGAUUAUUACCCAAAAUAGAGCAGUAUUUGAUGAAGAUCAACAAUCGUGGUCUACCUAUUUCUCCUGCUAUACAAUUAUUAGUCUGUCUACGGUUUUAUGCAAGUGCAAGUUUUCAGAUGGUUAUUGGAGACACACUGGCAUUAUCACAACCAACAAUAUCCAGAAUAAUUUUUCGUGUGUCAGCUCUGCUCGCUAGUUUGAUUAAAGAAUGUAUAAAAAUGCCUACUAUUCCGGAAAGAAAAAAUGAAAAUUAUCGAUUGUUUCGAGUUCUUGGAUAUGGUAACGGAGCAAUUGGUUUACCAGGGAUUGAUGGUGCAAUUGACUGCACACAUAUACGUUUAACACAUACACGAUUUCAUGGUAUUGACGAAGUAUAUCGUAAUAGAAAAGGUUACUUUUCACUAAAUGUGCAGACUGUUGUUGGACCUCGCAUGGAAUUUCUUGACAUUGUACCGGAAUAUCCUGGCAGUCAACACGAUAGCAGGAUUUUUCAGAAUUCAAGAAUAUAUAUGCAAUAUGUACAAGGAAAAUUAAAUGGAAAGCUAGUUGGUGAUUCUGGUUAUCCAACUUUACCAUUUCUUUUGACACCAAUAGGACAUCCUCAGACAGACGAACAAUUAAUGUACAAUACUAUUCACGGAAGAACGAGACAAAUUGUAGAAAGAACGUACGGCGUAUGGAAACGACGAUUUCCUUGUCUCUCAAGAGGACUCAGCACAAAAUUGCUAUGCUCUACAACUAUUGUAAUAGCAUGUGCAGUGCUACACAAUCUUGCGCUUAUAUUUCGCGAUGAACUUCCUGAGGAUGAAGAAGACGAUCCACGUGACGAAUAUGAAGAAGUUCCAGUGAAUCCACCACAUUGGCAGCCAGGAGAAGGAUUUGCAGUACGACAAGCACUCAUUGAGCGUUUAUUUAGAUAAAUUUUCUACAGCACACAAUAAAUUGUACAAUAUUUAGUCUGUCGAAUGUGAAUUGUAUUAUUGCACGUAAUCCAACAACAACAAAAUUAAAAAGUAAAGAAAAUUGUAGAUAUUUGUAGGUUAUGACAAAAUAUUUA